UUUUCUUCUUCUCCCUGCACCGAACAAGAAGACCCAAGCCGACCCACACCUCCCCUUGGAAGAAACCGGCAAAGCUUGAUGAUUUUUGCCUUUCUUUUCUUGUUCAAGAACAAGAUUUGAGCCUUGAAAUCCCCCCCCCCUUCUACAGAAUUUUCAGAUCUGCUCUGUUCUUCCUCCUCACCAUCGGCUGCUCUUGCUUUGUGGGUGUGAUUUGCUCUGGUUUCUGUUUCCGUGAGUUUCCCUGCACUGCCGCCGGCUUCUUCUCCCCCUGCCAAGUCCGGUUCUGCAGCUGGAAAAUUCUGUUAUGUUAUUGAUGAUCCUGCUAGUGGGGUUAAACGCUAGCAUAUGUCGACAUGUUAUUGAUAGAACCGGUUCGUUCGAAUGACCCUACUAGUGGGGGUUAUACACCAGAAAAUAGUGUAGUUUGUCAGUGGAAGGUUUAUAACACUGGUCAUGACCUAUAGAGGAGACGUUUAUUUCGUUCCCGCACUGUAACUGUUUUUCGUGAUUAUACUUGUUGGCAUGCUAUAAGUUUAAUUAAGGGCACUCCAUAUUUUACUUACUGAGUUUAUCUUAUAGUUUUUCUUUGUCCACCAUUUCAAGAAGCGAAACCGAGGACGGAAAAACCACGGGAAGUGACGAGUUAGAAGGCUAGUCAUUUCGAGAUUGACAUAAAUUUUAGAAAUAAAUCAUGCUUUUGUAAGAUAGAUUUUACCUUGAAUUUAUGAGAUCAAAACAAAUUUCGAUCAUUAGAUCAAUUACUUGGAUUUAAGUCAUUUUGGAUAUAGAAAUAAAUUGAGAUAUUUAAU